GACGCUCGAGACAAAAACUGAAGCGCGAGACGAAAACUUUUAGCUCUUUAAAAUGUCGUGUUUGCAUUUCUUAUCGCUAAUAUUCAUCUUUAGUGUGUGUAAUCGUUCCCUGGGAGAGAUAUACACCUCAAUGACGAGCGUAAAGCAAGCUAUUUUAUCAGAAAGGCGACUCAUUGAUCAUUUGAGAACCUACAUUGAUCGGGAGACACAAAGACUCGAGGACCUGCAAAGAUUCUACUCAAAGGUUUUUACUUUUCACAAUGGAUUAUCCAAUGAGAUUACAGCUUCUAUGGCUAAUCCUUUGGCGGCAUUCACACUCAUCAAGAGAUUACAUUCUGAAUGGCUAAACAUCAUCUACAGCGGUGAGGCUGAAGAAAACCUCCAAGAUUUAAAGGUGAUUUAUGAAGGGAUGGAAAGCAGUUUACCAAAGCUAGAGGACCUAAAAGGGGCGGCACAGGGGUUGAUGAGGUUACAGGACGUAUAUGCUCUUGAAGUGAAGGGACUGGUGAGAGGAAACUUUCAAGGGAUCAGGAAUGGAAGCACAGUUGACAUCUAUAAGCCAUCGAUUUCCAUCCGUCUCUCUGGUGAUGACUGCUAUCUUGUUGGAAAGGUGGCUUAUGACGUCAAGGAUUACUACCACUCAGUGCAGUGGCUCGAGGAGGCAGUUCGGCUUUUACGAGAUGUAGACUGGAGCCCGGAAAACGAGGACACUCUGGUAGAUGCUCUUGAUCACUUAGCCUUCUCUCAUUUCAAGACAGGAAACAUCUCCUCUGCCCUCAGUUUCUCACUGGAACUGCUGCACUAUGAUACCUUAAACAGUAGGGUUCUACAAAAUGUGGAAAAGUAUGAGAAACUCCUAGUUAAAAGUUCUGCCAUGCAGAGCUCAGAGUCAGUCCUGAAGAGGCCCAGUACCACAUACCUGAGAACGAGGGACCUGUACGAAAGGCUUUGCCAGUCUCAAGGAUCUCAGAUGAAGCUUCAUGAAGACCCAAGACUUUUUUGCGAUUAUUACACCAAUGGCAGUCCUGGCCUGUUUUUGCAACCCAUGAAACGUGAGCUAGUAAGCCUGCAGCCCUAUGUUGUCUUGUUUCAUGAUUUUGUGAGUGGAGCUGAGGCCAAGAACAUCAGAGACUCUGCCAUGCCAGGGCUAAGGAGAUCAGUAGUGGCAUCAGGGCUGAAUCAGACCACCGUGGACUACCGCAUUAGUAAAAGUGCUUGGCUGAGCAACUCAGUGCAUCCUGUUAUUAGCAAGGUGGACCGCCGGAUCACUUUGCUAACAGGACUCAAUGUGCAGCUUCCCUACGGCGAGUAUCUGCAGGUGGUGAACUACGGCAUCGGGGGACAUUAUGAACCUCAUUUUGAUCAUGCCACAUCAACAUCCAGCCCAUUGUACAGCCUCAAUUCUGGAAACCGAAUGGCUACGUUUAUGAUAUAUCUCAGCUCGGUGGAGGCUGGAGGAUCCACUGCCUUCAUCUAUGCCAACUUCAGCGUUCGGGUAGUCGAGAAUAGUGCUCUCUUCUGGUGGAACCUCCACAGAAAUGGUCAUGGGAAUGGAGACACUCUGCACGCCGGCUGUCCAGUCCUGGUUGGUGAUAAAUGGGUGGCUAAUAAAUGGGUGCACGAGUAUGGGCAGGAGUUUCAAAGGCGCUGCAGCUGCAACCCUGAUGAGUGAUGAAAGAUUCUGGGAAAAAGCACAAGAGCCGACACAUGAUGGGAAGGAAGGCAGAGCUUUUCAACCCUCUGCAUGAUGAAAAAACGAACAUUGGCACCCGCAAAGAAGACUUGAGAGAAGGAUUAGGAGAAAUUGGGUGGGGGCUGUUCUAGGACUGUGUGUAUUGGGCUGAUACUUGGUAGAUCACCCAGCCCCCUUCCGUGCACUCCCAAAGCUGUGAGCACACUGAGGGAAGUGGUGGAAUGCUUUCCAUUAACUCUUCCAUGUGCUUUUGGAACUGGAUAGGAGGACCAACACUGCUACUGCUGUUCCAUGGAAAAAGAAUCCACAGUAGAAGGCAGCAUUUGAUUUAUUAGGGGAAAGUAGUCAUUCAUUUGCAUAUGCAUUAGCAAGUCUCAUCAGUUUUUGCAGUAAGUGUGCAUUUGCUGCAUGCUGCCUGUUGACUACUGGUGUGAUUGUCAGCUGAAGAGGAUUUUUUUACUCUUUGUUCUUGAAAUAAAUACCUAAAUAAA